ACAAUUCUGGGAAAGGAUCCUGGGCCUCUUUCCUGUAACAGGGCCUUGAAGAGCCACCGUGCCCCAUCGUGCCCCGCAGCGAUGCCCGUGUGAUGUGGUAGAGAAGAGCAAGACAAGGAGGGACACAAGGAUGAGGUUGGAGCUGUCCUGGCCCCUCCUGGGGCUCCUGCUCUGGGCAGGCCUGUCUGCCAGUGAAGAAUUCCUGGUGGAGAUUUCGGGCACCACGGUGACAAUCACGUGUCCCUUGACCGAAGAUGAUGUAAAGUGGAAGUCAACUGAGGGAACAACAGACCCCAGCAACGUGAGGAAGCACAUUAUAACAGACCACAAGAGCUCUCCCAUCAACCUGAGCUGUUCUUCUGCCUCCAGUGGGACGAGCCAUGAGCUGUACCUGAAUGCCAGAGUGUGUGCCAACUGCGAGGAGCUGGAUGCCCUGACGGUCACAGGGAUCAUCGCUGCAGAUCUCCUCAUCACCCUGGGGGUGCUGAUCCUGGUCUACUACUUCAGCAAAGGCAGGAAGGGGCGAGCAAGCCCCGGUCCUGCCUCUCGGCCACGAGGUCAGAAGAUGCAGCGUCCUCCCCCCGUUCCCAACCCGGACUAUGAGCCCAUCCGGAAAGGCCAGCGGGAAGUGUAUGCAGGCCUGGAAUCCAGGGGGUUCUGAAAUUCCCAGGAUGACAGGCUGGAAGCCAUGGAAGCAGCAGCAUAAGGGCUAAAUGCUUCUGCCCAGCUCAGUGCCAGCUCUGCAGCUCUGCUGAGGCAUUUUGGGGUCAGCCAGGUCAGGCACCCGCUGUCCCACCCUGGGGUGUGCUUUGGUUUGACACCAGGGAACAGAAACCUGCAUUGGCAAGGGAAGUUUUCCUCCCCAUUAAAGGA